AUGUCCUUUUCAGCCCAGUACAAACCUCGGCCGUCAACCGACAUCUUCACCAAUGAUACUGAUAUUGAUCGCCGCAACUGCCGGCGCAUCGUUCCCAUGCGAGUGCUUAUUCUCGGAUUGGGCCGAACCGGCACUGCCUCCAUGCGCGCUGCCAUGAAGCGACUCGGCUACGUUGACACAUAUCACAUGAUGAACUGCUCCAUCGAGAAUCCCACCGACGCCCUCAUGUGGAUGGACGCGCUGACGGCCAAAUACGAUGGCAAGGGCCGCCAAUUCACACGCACCGAGUGGGAUCAGCUUCUCGGCCACUGCCAGGCUGUCUGCGACUGGCCCAGCAUCGCAUUUGCCAAGGAGCUCAUCGAGGCCUACCCCGAGGCCAAGGUCGUCCUCACGAACCGCGAUGUACACUCGUGGCACGCCUCGACGAUGAAGACGGUCUACUGGCGCGUCACCGACCGCCACCUGCGCUGGUUGUCGUACUUUGACUGGGCCGCCGGCCAGUACUACCCCAUGCUCAAGAAGUUCUUCGACACCUUCUUCGAGGGCGACUUCCCCAACCGCGGCAAGGCCAUCUUUGAGCGCCACUACGCCGAGGUCCGCAGCCUCGUGCCUAAGGAAAACCUGCUCGAGUUCCGCGUCACCGACGGCUGGGAGCCACUGUGCGAGUUCCUCGACGUCCCCGUGCCCAAGGAAUCGCCGUUCCCCAACGUCAACGACAACGUCAACUUUGUGGCUCGCUCUAAGGCGCGCAACUGGGCGCAGACGUACAAUGUGCUGGUUCGCUGCUUCAUCUGGCUCGCCCUCGGCCUCGUCACAUUGCUUGCCCUCUUUCGAUUGGCCAUAUCUUGA